UUACCCCUACGUAGGUAGCGCCACAAUAGAUGACGGGCGUUUCGCGCUCAUCCGGCAGGCAAAAGAAAUCUAGGAGGCUAUGACCGCUACAGUGUAGCAGCACAGAACUUCUCAGGUGUUUUCCGACUUCUCUAAACAAGCAUGGUGGGGUGUUUGAAGGUGAUCAAGUCGCCCAACGAAAAUGAAAAAUGCCGGACGUUCGUUUUGGAUGACCAAGAUCAUACGCUCGGAAAUGCUCUGCGCUAUAUGGUAAUGAAGAACCCAGAAGUGAGGUUCUGUGGGUAUGCCAUACCACACCCCUCGGAAAGGAAGGUACAUCUUCGUAUAGAAACCCAUGGCAUAACGGCAGUUGAAGCACUGAAAAAAGGCUUACAAGACCUGCACAAGAUGAGUGAGCACAUGCUGAAGAAGUUUGAGGAAACAGCGGAGAAGCACAAAACAGAAAACAUGAUGAAUGUUGAGUAACACAAUCUGUUCAUUGUGUUGUCGCUCUGUGUCCAACAAACUUUACAAAUAUUCUGGCCCUGAGGAUCCCAAACAACACACCGUGGAACCAGUCUAGGAAUAUGGCUUGGUGCAUGGCCUCCCAUUAAUUGUCACCAGGGGUCAGUGGAGCCAUGGCGGUAACCUGCCGCAUUAUUGAAGCGCCUAUGCUACAAACAAGUGGAGCUGUGGCCAUCACGAUCUCAUUGUAAUGUAGCCCAUUGGCAUCGACCUAUGCAACUCAUUUUUGCCAUUACUGUGCUCACAAACACUUGUCAAUUGACUCUUUCAGGUGUGACCUGUGAAGAACUCUGUAAAGGCAGUCAUGACACUUCGAUUGCAACAAAAAUUAUGCUUUGGUAUGUGUGUUUAGAAAUACCCCCCCCCCCCUUUUUUUGUGCUAAAUUCAAUAAAAGCUGUAAACUGGA